CAAAGGACUGAAAUCUGGUCACUUUUUAUGCAAAUGAGCUGUGACGCACCGGAAACGGAAGUAGUGUUUCCCCCCAUUCGUUCUUUUAUUUUCUUUCCAGCUCGGCUCCGCUCCGCCAGAGUUUUAAACACAGGAGAAUGGAAUACAAGCUCAUCAUGGCGGUCUCUGGCUUCCCGAGUCUCUACGACAUGAACUCUCCGACCUAUCGGGACCUGAACAUGCGGAGCGACGCGUGGCGGCAGGUGGCAGAGAUCGUCGGAGUCCCCGAGUCGGAGUGCAGAAGGAAGUGGAAGACGCUGAGAGACCAGCACAGGAGGGAGAGGCAGCGCGAGAAGGAGCGGCGCGAGAGCGGCAUCGGGCUCUUUAACUACCGGCCAUGGAGGUACUCGUCCAUUCUGUCUUUUCUGAAUCCAUUCAUCGACGCCCGGGCAGCCGGCACCAACGGCUGGGCCCUGGACCCACAGCCCUCUCAGGUCCAGGUGGCCGAAAUGGUCGGCUGCAGCACGACCACGGAGACACGGAGUGACGACGACGAGAGCUACGGGUUCGCCGUAGCUGACGCGACCACGACGACCUCCUCGUCCUCAUCCUCAGAGUUCCCGCAGAGGAAGCGGCCGCCCUCUGUUGGCUUGGACCCUUCCAGGCCCAAAGAAGCAAAGGUUGAGGUGAACUCGGGUGCCGCAGCCACUGACGAUGGCGUGCAGACGCAGCAGCACGCCAACAUGAAGGAGCUGUUUGAGAUGAUGAUGCACUCGGUGACAUCUCUUGCUGCGACCUUAGCUUCAUCACACUCUUCCUCGCAGACCCCUCUUUUGCAGCAGGAUCCGCAGAGUCAUCAUCGCAGCCUUCCGCCAUCCUGGACGGCGGCGCGGCUGAACCAGCUGAAGACAGAAGAGCCGGAAGGUGACGUGGACGAGCUGCUCGUCCAAACGGACGAUGAGGAGGAGGUGGAGGAAGAGCGCCGCCCCGCCUCUCCCAGGCCGCUCCGGCCAAAGAGGAAGAGCGUCGACGGCCUGCUGGAGGAAUUCCUGAGGAAAACAGAAGCCAGGGAUGCGCAGAGGGAGCGUGACAUGGAGCAGAGGGACGACGUGACGCUGUUCCUGCUGAGCCUGGCUCCGGCUAUGAGGAGGCUGACAGCAGAGAAACAGUCGUGGGUCAGAACCAAGAUGCAGCAGUUUCUGCAUGAGGCCGAGUUUGGUGCCACAAAGUUCCAGUGAGCCCACAAACGUUUUGAUGGAAGCUCAUUCGAAGGGGAAGCACUGAAUCUUCCCUGCAGACUCCACAGGUGCUGACUCUUCUUACAGCUGCUUCAGGUAGCUCCAGAUUUGAUGGUCUGUCCCUGACCGAUGACUCCAGAUCCCGGGUUUCUGUUUUCAUCGAUGACUAAAUGGAUGUCUGCACAAAGCAGGACUUCGGGCACAUCAGGGUCACUGCAGGGUUAACGCCACGCUUCAGUGUUGAUGUCUGAUUACUUAAUGCGGACUUAAACUUCUGCACAGAGGACUCUGUGCACCUGCACAUCCGUGUUCAGCUAGCAGGAGACUUUCUAAAGUUUAGAUUUAGAAAGCAGUUUUUCAUGACCAACUUUAUUCCUGCAAGAUGGCCGUCUGCAGAUUUAAAACAGCUUCGUCGGCUUGUAACUCUCAAAGUGGUGAUUUGAUGCUAAAGUGUCUAAAAUUUGAACCUUUGUAGAUGAAGCCUACAUCUGAAUUAAGAAUAUUUAUUCUGUCGUCUUUCUCAGACGGUCAAACAGCGCAACGGAGGACAGUAAGCAGACGCCUCUCUGACAGUCUGCGUUUGUCCACCUGUCAGUUGAUCACAGAGCUAAGACGUGAUUGUGAUCGGGCACCAUCACCGUUCAUACUCACUAAAGCAUUCAGAGCACACACUUUAAUACUUCACUACUGUACAGCACACUGUUACACACACACAGACAUGAAUGGGUGCAGCUUGUAUCAUGUGUUUAAUAAGCUGCAGGCGCCGCCUCCUUCAUGUGUCCAUGUAGCCUGAAUCUUGAUGCAAGCAGGUAAAGUGAUAAAGAUCUGCUCUUAAGAUCUUUGUAGCACAUUAAUUAUUGUGUUGUUAAGUUUGUGGUCCUAAAGUGUCACACGCUACGUCAGGGCAGAUGGUGCACUCCAGCAGUGCAGACCCACUUUUCCUCCUCUUCUCUGUCCCUGACCUAAAAUACUUCUUUACCCGACGUGAACGAGGAUCUUUUAUGACUUGAAUGAAGCGAAGCUCAAACAGAGAGAUGUUGGUUCACGUUCCUCUGAGAUCAUCUCAGACUGUUAAAACCACUCAAUGUAUUUUAUGUACUUUUAUUUUGAAAGGCCAGUCACACUGAGACCAAAGUGUGAUCUUUGCUUUACUAAUGUUAACCUCUCCUCUGAAUCAGGAGUUCAGUGAUGAUCAAUGAAAUUGUAAAUAAUAUUUGUACCUAUUACCAGUAACCAGUUGCAGCUUUCUCCUGGUUUCCAUGGUGAUGCAGUAUUUAUGGAGCUGUGGUUGCAAUCAAAGUUUCCUCCUGGCUGUGAGAGUGUGAGGCCACAGCGUCUUUGGUUAUGUUAUCUGA